UUUGUUUUUAAUCUAAUGCUUUGCCUCUUCCUCCCUCUCUCCUGCUCGCCAUCUCCCUCCAAAUCAAAUCAUAUCAACAAUGAAAGAAACCAAGGAAGCUCAGAGUUUUGCAGCUUUAAGAAAACUGGAUCACGGAGAGAUUUUCACAAGACUCUUCAGAAACAGACUUUUGAGUCAGAAACUCUGGAGUGCAGUGAACCGGCCGCUCAGACAGGACCCCGUCAGUUAAAAGUGCUGUGUGAUGUGUCUGAGAAGGGCCCCCUCACUACUUGUGACUUCGACCUCCGCAGCCUGCAGCCUGAUGAGCGGCUAGAAAACCUGCUGCAGCUUCUCAGUGCUGAGGACUUUGAGAAGAAGAAAGAGGAGGCCCGCAAGACCAAUCGACCAGCUGAGCUCUUUGCCCUGUAUCCAUCUGUGGACGAGGUGGGUGCGGGUUUCCAUAGGCAAGAAUAUUGGCGACAACAAAAAACUGAAGCAUUUUUCUGCUCUCUGCCCCUGCAGAGAACUGUGUGAAUGUCAGGGUGUCAG